CUGAAGGUAGCGGCAGAGGAAGACGGGUUCCUGGUAACGCUGCCACAAAGCUAACGUUAACCAAGUACUGCUGAACGGUGUGAAUGCAUGAGCUUUGCAAACAUGUACUUAGGUGUUUAUCUGGGCUGUUUACCAAUUGAUACCUACCUCAUAAAUUCCUCAAAGGCGCGUUAACACAUUCAUAAUGGAAUUUUUUAACGAGCCAAGCUAGCCCAGCUAGCACACUUUGUCUUCGUCGCAGCCACAAUCGGUUGAUUAGCUAACCAGAACGAGUUGUUGUUAGCUUAGGGCUAGCUUGGUGACUAUGGCGAUUGUGUCUGGGUCCUGUGCCAGGGUGAAUGGGUCUAGAAACGGGCCCCCCGUAUCAGCUGCACCUUCUGGAUCCGUUGGGCAGUCUCAGCCCAUGAUAGCAGUGUGGGAAUGGCAGGAUGAUCAGGGCUACUGGCGGCCUUACAGUGGCCAGGUGAGCGCCUACAUCGAGCGGUGUCUGUCACCGCGGGGCCAGAGAGGAGGAGCACCCGGCUCUACGAGCAUCUGCCUCGGACAAUCAGACCCCAGCCUGUCGCCUUACCUCAUUGACAUACCAAGCUUGAAGCAGUUUCGACAGGACACAGGAAAGACCCGGUCAGUACGUAGGUCUCUGUUUGCCCAGUCCUCAGGUCUUGGUAGUGGUGUUUACUGGGAAUGGGCUAACGAUGAAGGAGGCUGGACCCCAUAUGAGACUCGAACUUCCAUCCUUUUGGAGCACAGCUAUCAGGCUCGCCAAGGCACAGCAGACCUGGGUCCGCAUGGAUACAAUUAUAUAGUGGAUCUCACAUCUCUGGCCCAGGUUAACAAAUCAACAGGGUUCAGACGCCAGGUGCGACGGCAGUGCAACCUCCCCUACCCGCUGGCCUCCUCUGGACCCCCAGCUAUCCCCUCGGGCCCCGCCUGCUCCUGCCAGCAGUGUUUGAGCCACAGCAGCACCGGACCCAUGCCGAGCCGUUCGCGACAUUCCUUCUCAUCAGGGAGUCUGAACCGGCCCAGCCUUCAAGGGACAGGAAGAGCUGCAGCGGCUCAUCCUACUUCUGUCUACUCGCCGUACCCCAGGAGACCCCUCUCAGUUGGUGGCAUGUCCUGGGGCAGCCCUUGGCCUCCACCAGCCUCUGGCAGCCAACUUUCUGCACCACUGACCAACUCUACCAGUGCCAAUGGCUUAAGUGUUCCUUCCAUCUCUGUGCAGCUGAAUGGAUCCACCAGCGUGAGCUCUGCCCUGGCAGGCAUGGCCUCCAUUUUGAUGUCAGCAGUGGGACUCGGCGUGCACUUCACCUCUGCCCCCCUCCCUCAGCAGCAGCAGCAGCAACCGCCACCGCAUCAACAACCUGCUCCUUUUUCUCUUCCUCCUCCUCCUCCUCUCCUUCCCCCAGCCAGCAGGCCCAUCAAGCCCCACAGCAGCAGCAGCAGCAGCACCAGCAGUUCAGUUAAGAGAGCAAAGAGGCAGCACAGACGAGUCUCAGCUCACAGAUCUGAGGAGGUGAUUCAGCGCUAUAUGGAGGUGGUGGCUGGAGUGCCAGAUGAGGACUGUAUUAUCUGCAUGGACCAACUGUCCAACCCAUCUGGCUACGAGACACCGUCCACAGAGGAGGGAGGCCAGAGCAUCCAGCCAGACACAGUGGGAAAAUUCAUCAAGUGUGGGCACACCCUGCAUAUGCUCUGCAUGCUGGCCAUGUACAACAAUGGAACGAAGGAUGGCAGCUUGCAGUGCCCCUCAUGUAAGACAAUCUAUGGCGAGAAGACCGGCACACAGCCUAAAGGCAAGAUGGAAAUUUACAGCAUUGCGCAGUCGCUGCCAGGCCACCCAGACUGCGGCACCAUCCAGAUCAUCUAUAGCAUACCUCCCGGCAUACAGGGUCCGGAGCAUCCUAACCCAGGCCAGCCGUACACCUGUAGAGGGUUCCCCCGCUUCUGUUUCCUGCCAGACAACGACAAGGGCAGAAAGGUCCUCGAGCUGCUGAAGGUGGCGUGGAUGCGGCGUCUCAUCUUCACCGUGGGAACAUCCAGCACGACCGGAGAGCCCGACACAGUGGUGUGGAACGGCAUCCACCACAAAACCGAGAUGAUGUCCAACUUGUCGGGCCACGGCUACCCCGACCCCAACUAUUUGGACAAUGUUCUGUCUGAGCUGGCCUCUCAGGGCGUGACAGAGGACUGCCUCAAACCCCCAGGAAGCAGCAACAGCACCAGCUAGGUCACAGCUCCGAGCUUCGCACGCUUCCACUUACUGCUAACCACCGAGAGUUAUCCCUUCCGAACCCUGCUCUGUGGCCAGGUGGGCUUCCUGCAACAUCUGUAUGUUAAUAAAUUCAUGUCAGCGUCCGCCCAACCCUCAUUAAGUGAGCGGAGGGAGGGAAUGUGAGCUAAAUAAAAGCCUUGAAUCUUCUUUGUGAGGAGACACAGUGGAGUAUCUGCUGAGAAUUGUUUGAGUACGUCACAUAUUACAGGAGACCGAACUCAAAAAAAAAAAAGAAAGAAAAACAGGGCUCCACUGACUCCGAGCCUUUCAUCAAACCUCCAUCAACUGGAGUUUUUUGCGUGUAUGUGUGUGUGUUUUGGACUCUCCUUUUUUUUUUUUUUCCCCUCAUCAAGCCUCAUCUGUAUCCUCUUGUUAGGUUACCAUGAGAAUGGGAGCUUACACUGGGGAUAAAAAAAAAAAAAUCUCACAAGCACUUUAGUUCUGACGUUGCAUUCAGCUGGCAAGAUGUGCGAUCUCCCUGGAAAAGGGCAGUGCUGUUUUUUUUUAAAUUGGUAACUCAUUCCGUCAAAGUGUUUCUGCUAAAAACCUUCAUGUUUAGCUCAGUGACGCCAACACCUCACGUAGCAAAGUUCAUAUUGAUGAGAAGAGGCAAUACUUUACUGUUGUAAAUAAAAAAAAAAAAACUGAAUUAAACAAAAGUAUGUUUAAAAACAAAUUAAACUUUUAACACUACUUCUGAUUUGACCAUGUUAUAUUUAACACAGUUUGAUGAGCAGAAGCACUCGCAUGGUGAUUUUAUUUUUAUUCUCUUUUUCGGAUUCGCAGUAUUUACGCCCGGCGGCAUCCUGCAGUUCGAGGUUUCAUCACUUUGUGUUUUACAUUUUGUGUUGCCAUGUGUGAGAAGGAGACAAGGUGUACAGCUCCUCGAUGACCUCAGUUCUCCUGUCCAAACAGAUGUAAACGGCUGCUGAGAUGAGACAAAAUUUAAAAAAAAAAAUAAAGCUCUGGAUGAGAUAACUUUUAGUGUGACAAUCAAGGUCAUCGAACUCGUCUCGAUUUAAAAUAAGUGCGGCCGCAGCGAGCAUUUUAAUGUCCCUGCGGGCUGCAGCCUCCUGUAUUCAUGUGCAUUAUUCUGCUCACAGUAUUGCAGUACAGUUGCUCAACCGAGUCUUGACAUGUAUACAAACAAAAAAAGAAAAAAGUAUCUGCAAUAAAGACAUAAUGCAAAAUGA